AAGAAAAAGCAGAAAAAAUAUAUUUCAAUAUCGUCUCCCCUCCCAAACCCCCGCCCCCAUCCUCUCCCUCGAGCCGUUUCUGUACCGGUGGAUUCGCCGCAGAUCUGAAGCACCGUCCUCCCUUAUCUCCGCCGCCUCCGCCGUGAAUCAACACUUCCGUCAACUUUUUCUUUUUCGCUAUCCCACCGUUAAUUGUCUCUUCUCCAACCCUUACGUUACCGUUUCUCUCUUUCCGUCUGUAAUUCCACCGAAGCCAAAAACACUCACCACCAAUUUGAUUAACUUCUUCAUAGGGGUUACGACGGUGGUUCGAAACCCUAAUUUUGAUUUCGUCCUUGAUUCCGCCACCACUAAAACCCUAUUACCCCCUUUCUUAAUUGUUAAUGGACCGUACUUCGAGAUUUCAGAACAAUUUGCCUCUGAGCAGCGGGAGUUUCAACAAGCCUCCGCCAAUUCAGAACGACGGCGUUGCGAUUAAGCCAUCGCAGCCAACGCUCCAUGACCGAUUUACCUCCUACCUGAAGGAGAGGGAAGAGGAGCUUAGGGUUUUUGGUGGUGGGGCAGCUUUGCCCUUGAGCACAGAUGAAAUUGUCCGCCUUUACGAGAUUGUGUUGUUGGAGCUCACUACUAAUCUGAAGCCGGUGAUUACAGAUCUCACAAUAAUCGCAGGAGAGCAGAUUGCGCACAGCGAGGGCAUAGCCGAUGCCAUUUGUGCUCGGAUUAUUGAGGCUCCCGUUGAUCAAAAACUGCCUUCUUUUUACCUUUUGGACAGCAUCGUCAAGAACAUAGGCAAGGACUAUAUUAAACACUUCUCUGCGCGCUUGCCUGAGGUUUUCUGUGAGGCAUAUGCACAAGUACCCCCCAGUAUGCACCAGCCAAUGCGUCGCCUUUUUGGUACGUGGGGCCCUGACAGAUAUUUCCCGGUACCAGUACUUCAAAAGAUUGAGGUACAAUUGCGGCUCCCCCCUUCUGUAGAUGGUCAAUCGUCUGGCUUGACUUCUACAAGAGCUUCUGAGUCUCCUCGCCAAACACAGUAUAUACAUGUAAAUCCAAAAUAUUUGGAAGGACAGCGUCCUUUUGGACAGUCAACUGUAGAUACUUUUGGAACUGAAGGAGUAAGCUCAUCUGGUCGUGCAGGCAUGACAACUUCUGGUCUUCGUGCUGUAAAAAGAUCCCUGCCAUCAGCUGCCAGGAUCACUGGUUCCUCCUCUCCUUAUAGAAUUGGACCUGCGGGUCCUAUAUCACCUUCACUUGAGGAUUUUAGUACGGAUAAUUCUCCGAAGAGAGUCACUCUAAUUCAAGCAUCUGCAGCAUAUAAUAAUAAUAGCAGUGGUGUUGAUCUUCGAGGACCGAGAGCUUUGAUUAGUGCUUAUGGAAUUGAUGAGAGAGAAAAAAAUUUGAACCGUAAACAUAAUACAGCAGAGGAGCUGGACUUGUAUGGUGCUGACGAAAAAAUGGCUCUCAGGACAUGGCAAAAUACCGAAGAGGAAGAAUUUGACUGGGAAGAUAUGACCCCUGCUUCAUCUCUGCCCCCUCCUGGUGGGAGACACAACUUUAUUGCAAACAGAGGCAACUUGUCCAAGGCUCAGUUUGCUUCCGUUUCUAAUUCGUCCAUGAUCGACGAUGUUUCUCAUACCAAUUCCGGUCGUGGAUCAAGUGACAAGAUUGCGCCAAAUCUUCGAGAAUCCUUGAUGUUGCCACAUCAGCAGUCUCAGAGCCAUUUUAACGCGAAAGGAGGUGGUGGUUCUUUUGCUGAAAAUAGAAACUUUUUAACUGGUGGUGAACUAAAUCCGGCAUUAACGGGCAAUUUCUCAAAUACAGAUGGGAAGUUUCGUCUGCCCUAUGACUCGACAGCUCCUGAGAUUCAAUCAGCUGAUGCAGCAGCUCCUUUAACAAAGGCAUGGCAUCCUUCAAAGUUUCAGAAUUCACACAUUCGGCCCUCACUCUCUGCUCUCCCCUCCCAAAUGCAAAUCAGGGGUCAAUUCGGUAUGAACAAUGCUGUUGACCAACUUCAUUCUGAGCAGCAAUUGGGUAGGUCACAGGCGAAUUUGCCUCAUAUUUCGAGUAUUCGCCCUGGACCAGUUCCUGCAAAUCUGCAACAUACUGCACAGCCAAAUUUGUAUCUACCCUCACCUUAUUCGGAACAUAUUCCUUCAAAUGCAUCUGUACCACCUAUGAAUUAUAGAUACUUUGGUCCAAGUGGCACUACUUCGUCUAAUCUAGUUCCAGGCUUUCCAUCUUUUCAUGUACCUCGGCCAACCUUACAGUCUCUACCGAGAGGUCCUUUUCCUGGAACAGCUCAGCCAUUACCUAUUGGUUCAAAUGCUAAUCAAGUUGCCCAAAACCCAUCAGCUGGGCCGGCACUUUCGGGUUUAAUUAAUUCCUUAAUGGCCCAAGGAUUGAUAUCGUUAUCAAAUCAGGAUUCUGUUGGAGUGGAGUUCGAUCCGGAUAUUCUCAAGGUGCGACACGAAUCGGCUAUAACGUCUUUGUACGCCGAACUCCCCAGACAGUGCAAAACCUGCGGGCUUCGAUUUAAAAGCCAAGAAGAGCACAGUAGCCAUAUGGAUUGGCAUGUGAACAAGAACAGGACAUUAAGAAACCGAAAGGCAAAGCCUUCACCCAAGUGGUUUGUGAAUGCUGCCAUGUGGCUAAGUGGCACAGAGGCAAUGGGAACCGAGGCAGUUCCUGGUUUUAUGCCUGCUGAGAACAGUGCGGAGAAGGAGGAAGACGAAGAAAUGGCUGUUCCUGCUGAUGAAGACCAGAAUUCUUGCGCAUUAUGUGGAGAGCCGUUUGAGGAUUAUUACAGUGAUGACCUGGAAGAAUGGAUGUACAAGGGGGCUGUAUACAUGCAUGCACCGACUGGCGCAACUGUCGGAAUGGACAGGUCGCAGUUAGGUCCUAUUGUGCAUGCUAAAUGUAUGUCCGACUCCCAUGCGGUAUCAUCUGAAAAUAAUAAAAAGGAUGAAGAGGAUUCAACUUGAAGAAGGUAGUCCAACGUAAAAGAUUCCGGAGUUA